AUGAAUCGACAAACAGCCGUUUCACCGGCCACUGGCGCGCCUCCCCAGCUGGGGCCGACGCUCCUACCCGCUCCUAUUGCCAAUGCGGUCAGCUUUGCUACGCGCUCGACAUGUUUCGCCAUCCGCGUCGGCUCCUUUGUCGGCACAUACGGACUUGAUGCCGCGAGGUUUACAACCUUGUCGAGUUUGGAGGUAGCCAGAGGGUUGCUCGAAGGUGUUCUUGCCCGAGCUGGUCGGGAUGUAAUGCUUGUAGGUCCGCAGUCCAACUUUGCCGCAGCAGACGCCGAGACGGUGCUCGAGCGCGGUCUGGAGAACUUGCAUCAUGCUGUAAGUCAGAUCGUUUUUUGGACAUCGGCCAGCUUCCAGCUCACCAGCACAACACUCUCUACGGCCAGUGACCUCUCCCAGCUCCUGCUCUCGUCAUUGGACCAGUUAUUCGGUGCGACCGAGCCAUCGCGCGCCAUUGCCAGCAUCAUCACCCUGAUCCGACGCGAGUUUAACAAUCCGGUGACGGGGAGUAGUGGGGAGAAGGUCGGUGUUGUUGAUUUGAUUCUCUCCCUGAGCGCCCUUGCGUACCUUCAAGGGCAGUGCUGGAAAUCAAAGGAAGACGAGCGCCGUCGCCAGGCUCUUGAAGAAGUUGUAUGGGAUAUUGUUGUUCUUGACGAUGGCGAGCGGAUUGACGUCCAGUAUUCUGGGCAGUCGGGCGUUCACCCGGAUCGAGGCGUCGUUCCAAACGGGGACGUCCGUCGUCGUUCCCGGAUCCUUGGAGAUUUUUCAGGCCCUCUGUCGCCACCCUCCGGCAAGACGGACGACGAUGAGGAGAUGUUGGAGCAGCUUAAACUUCAGAUAGCUUCUUCCCUCCCUCCGGGAUCAAUGGUGUCUGUUUCCAACUCGGUAUCCACUGUUCAGACCAUCACAGUUGAUGUCCAAGGUCCGGAACCGGUGACGCUUCCUACGCCGCCGGGAGCUGAGAUUGUGGAAGCAACUAGUUUCCGGCCCUCCAGUCGUCUCUCAUGGGCAUCGCAGGACCAAGACUCGGAGCCCUCCUUUAGAGUUGUGUACCAAAUUAAGAGGGAAAAACUUCAGGAUAGCAAGUUUCAUACACGGGAAGACGGGCUUCCCGUUCCUCAAGUAGAGGAAUUAGAUGACGAGGGAGCGAGGCUGAAGCUUGAUGGACGUGAGGAGGACAAAGAACUUCCUUCUAUCAAACACUCGAGCCCUCUUCAAUCCCCCUCCCACCCCCGACGACAGUCUCGAUCUUCCCAGUGUGUUGAAGCUGAUUGCCAGCCUGGUAAUGAAGUGGGAUCGCUACCGCCUGCUCGUGUGAAAGUUGAGGGGCCACCGCGCCGGAUGUCUACAUCCAGAUCCAAUCCUACUCUUUCUGAGAAAUCACCGAACCCACCUUCACCAUCGAAAAAGGUUGCCGAGAAUGCCGCAAAUCAAAAGAGGCCUCGAGCACCACCAGAGACAACCUCAACCCGAAGCUUCAUAGUCAAGCCGAAACAAGAAUCGCCUUCAGCCGGGCGGCGACCACAAAUCACCAAGCGCACAAGCUCUUCUCAAGAAUCGAGAUCAUCUGAUAAGAAGGGUAGUCUGAGAGAUGUCAUCAAGGGUAGCGGGCAGAGUAUCUCAAACAUUUGGAAUAGAGAGUCUUCCGGAUCAGAAAAUGGUGGCUCGUCGAGCAAGUUGAAACCGCAGUGGAGGAUACCAAGCGGUAGCGGAAAGCUCAAUGCAAAGCUGAAGCCAGUGGCAUCCAUACGCCCGACCAAGCCGGAUGAUCAUCGCCCAUCGUCUCGAUCCCAAUUAUAUCCGGACCCAGAGACGAUUCCCCGGAGCUCCUCGAGAGCAAGUUGCGUCUCCAUCCAGGAACAUCGGCGGAAUUCAAUCAUCUCCCAAGCUGAUGCAUUUUCAAUCCGCGCAAACGGCGAGAUGCGCGCGGCGUCACCAACGUUCUUCCGCACUGAAGUAUCGACCCAUGAUACUGUCAGCCGGCCGGCUUCAGUUUAUUUGAACCCUGGACAAACUUCUCAAACAUCGCCAAAACGGGGCCAUCACGAGAAGAAUCGCCACAGCCUUUACAGUUUGGGGACGAAUGAUUCCGAAAUGUCGGUGGUUUUGUCUUCUCAUUACCAAAAGAGCGCUUACCGCACCUCCAAUGCACUCAGUAGCCUUCGCCAAGCAGGAUUUGUCGAGGGCACAUUCCCAGUCGCCCCUCUGCUGCAGAACAUAUCCCGAUACAUGCGGUUUGCGUCUGCCUCGUACGGCUCGCAGUUUCUCAAGCUUCUCGGGAUCUCAAACGAUCUUCCCGCCAUUUCAAAGGGAGAUGAAACACACCAUGAUGUCCGUCAUUUCCUUCACCACACAGAGUCUGACAUGGGUAGCAUCCUGCUGGCCUCUUUCGUGGAUCACGGGGGUGGUAGUGAUUCGAGUGGAUUCACGGAUACAGGUGUUCCGUUAGUACACUACAUCUCCCUCGACCACAAUGCGAAGGCCGUGGUUCUUGCUUGCCGCGGAACCCUGGGGUUUGAGGACGUAUUGGCCGACUUGACCUGCGAGUACGAUCGUCUUGAAUGGAGAGGGCGUGGCUACAAAGUCCACAAGGGAAUCCAUGCCUCAGCCCGAAGGAUUCUAUACGGCGGGGAUGGACGGGUUCUCGUCACACUUCAAGAGGCUCUGCGUGAGUUCCCAGAUUAUGGACUGGUCCUCUGUGGCCACUCCCUGGGUGGUUCAGUCACCUCGCUCCUUGGGAUCAUGAUGGCGGAGCCCAAUCCAGAUGGACCCGGGUUUGUCACAACUUCAGAAACACAAAGCAGCGCGCAAUCUGGAGGAUGGCCAGAGCGGAGUACCAAUCUCCAGGGCGCGAGUUUACCACCCGGGCGGCCAAUUCAUGUUUUCGCAUACGGCCCCCCCGGUGCCAUGUCAGUUGCGCUCAGCAAGAACAGCCGCGGCCUGAUCACAACCGUGGUGCAUGGGAACGACAUAGUCCCCUACCUCUCGCUGGGCACGCUCCACGACUUCCAAGCUCUGGCCCUCUCGUUCAAGAAGGACGAGAAUCACGUCAAGGCCGAGAUUCGCCAGCGGAUGUGGGCCGCAUUCCAGUAUAACGUCGCUGGUAAGCUGCACGUCCCCACGGCGCCGCCUCUCGCGAUCGGCGAGGAGCCCUGGAUGCUGCCCACCCUCGAGUCCAUGCGGGCCAACAUGGACUGCGAGAAGCUGAUCCCGCCGGGCGAGGUGUUUUGCAUCGAGUCGCAGCGGGUUCUGCGGCGGGAUGCGUUUUUGGUGUCGGAUGAGGAGCGCAUUGGCCGACCUGCUCAGCGGGUUGUCCUCAAGUAUAUAAAAGACGUGCCGGCGAGGUUCCGCGAGAUGAGGUUUGGGACGAGCAUGUUGAUGGACCACUCUCCUGCCAAGUAUGAAGAAGCUCUACAGAAACUUCGGUUGGGCGUCGCGCUUUGA